CUUCACUGGAACAAUGGGUUCAGACAAACGAGUGAGUAGAACAGAGCGUAGUGGAAGGUAUGGUUCCAUCAUAGACAGGGAUGACCGUGAUGAGCGUGAAUCUAGAAGCAGGCGGAGAGACUCAGAUUACAAAAGAUCUGGUGAUGAUCGGAGAGGUGAUAGAUAUGACGACUACCGAGACUAUGACAGUCCAGAGAGAGAGCGUGAAAGAAGGAACAGUGACCGAUCUGAAGAUGGCUAUCAUUCGGAUGGUGACUAUGGCGAGCAUGACUAUAGACACGACAUCAGUGAUGAGAGGGAGAGCAAGACCAUCAUGCUGCGCGGCCUUCCCAUCACCAUCACAGAGAGCGAUAUUCGAGAAAUGAUGGAGUCCUUUGAAGGCCCUCAGCUUGCGGAUGUGAGACUGAUGAAGAGGAAAACAGGUGUAAGCCGUGGUUUCGCCUUCGUGGAGUUUUAUCACUUGCAAGAUGCUACCAGCUGGAUGGAAGCCAAUCAGAAAAAGUUGGUGAUUCAAGGAAAGCACAUUGCAGCUCAUUAUAGCAAUCCCAGACGUAAGUUUGAAGAUUGGCUUUGUAACAAGGUUUUAAUGUAUUUCUUUACUAAAAACACAUUGGUUUUUUGUUUGUCUUCAAUUGGGUUUCCUUCCUUUCCUGUUCUAGACUCUGAACAGGAAGUGCCCCCUGGAACAACAGAGUCGGUUCAGUCUGUGGAUUACUACUGUGAUACGAUCAUUCUUCGGAACAUAGCUCCGCACACUGUGGUGGAUUCCAUCAUGACAGCACUGUCUCCCUACGCAUCCUUAGCUGUCAAUAACAUUCGCCUCAUAAAAGACAAACAGACCCAGCAGAACAGAGGCUUUGCGUUUGUUCAGCUGUCUUCUGCAAUGGAUGCUUCUCAGCUGCUUCAGAUAUUACAGAGUCUCCAGCCUCCUUUGAAAAUUGAUGGCAAAAUUAUCGGGGUUGAUUUUGCAAAAAGUGCCAGAAAAGACUUGGUCCUUCCAGAUGGUAACCGGGUCAGUGCCUUCUCUGUGGCUAGUACAGCCAUUGCUGCUGCUCAGUGGUCAUCCACUCAGUCUCAAAGUGGUGAAGGAGGCAGUGUUGACUAUAGUUACCUGCAAUCAGGCCAAGAUGGCUAUGCCCAGUACACUCAGUACUCGCAGGAUUAUCAGCAGUUUUAUCAGCAACAAGCUGGAGGAUUGGAAUCUGAUGCAUCAUCUGCAUCAGGCACAGCGGUGACCACUACCUCAGCGGCUGUAGUGUCUCAGAGUCCCCAGCUAUAUAAUCAAACCUCCAAUCCACCUGGCUCUCCGACUGAGGAAGCACAGCCUAGCACUAGCACAAGUACACAGGCCCCAGCCGCUUCCCCUACUGGUGUAGUUCCUGGUACCAAAUAUGCAGUACCUGAUACGUCCACUUACCAGUAUGAUGAAUCUUCAGGAUAUUACUAUGAUCCAACAACAGGGCUCUACUAUGACCCCAACUCGCAAUACUACUAUAAUUCCUUAACCCAGCAGUACCUUUACUGGGAUGGAGAGAAGGAGACCUAUGUGCCAGCUGCAGAGUCUAGCUCCCACCAGCAGACAGGCCUGCCUCCUGCAAAAGAGGGGAAGGAGAAGAAGGAGAAACCCAAGAGUAAAACAGCCCAACAGAUUGCCAAAGACAUGGAACGCUGGGCUAAGAGUUUAAAUAAGCAGAAAGAAAAUUUUAAAAAUAGCUUUCAACCUGUCAAUUCCUUGAGGGAAGAAGAAAGGAGAGAAUCUGCUGCAGCAGAUGCUGGCUUUGCUCUCUUUGAGAAGAAGGGAGCCUUAGCUGAAAGGCAGCAGCUCAUCCCAGAAUUGGUGCGAAAUGGAGAUGAGGAGAAUCCUCUCAAAAGAGGUCUAGUUGCUGCUUACAGUGGUGACAGUGACAAUGAGGAGGAGCUGGUGGAGAGACUUGAGAGUGAGGAAGAGAAGUUGGCCGACUGGAAGAAGAUGGCCUGCCUGCUCUGCCGACGCCAGUUCCCAAACAGAGAUGCCUUGGUCCGGCACCAGCAGCUCUCAGACCUACACAAGCAAAACAUGGACAUCUACCGACGAUCCAGGCUGAGUGAGCAGGAGCUAGAAGCCUUGGAGCUGAGAGAAAGAGAGAUGAAAUAUCGAGAUCGAGCUGCAGAAAGACGGGAAAAGUAUGGCAUUCCAGAACCUCCAGAGCCCAAGCGCAAGAAGCAGUUUGAUGCUGGCAGUGUGAAUUAUGAGCAGCCCACCAAAGAUGGCAUUGACCACAGUAACAUUGGCAACAAGAUGCUGCAGGCCAUGGGCUGGCGGGAAGGCUCUGGUUUGGGAAGAAAGUGUCAAGGCAUCACAGCUCCCAUUGAGGCUCAAGUCCGGCUAAAAGGAGCUGGCCUAGGAGCCAAAGGCAGCGCGUAUGGGUUGUCAGGUGCUGAUUCCUACAAAGAUGCUGUUCGGAAAGCCAUGUUUGCCCGGUUCACUGAAAUGGAGUGAGACUGACAGAGAGAGAGAGAGAGAGAGAGAGACGACACGAAGCUCCAAGGAUCACAAGGAGUGGUCCAUCUCCUGAAUUCACUCUUACUGCCUAUCUCUUUAAGGGCAUGCCUUGUGCUGUUAAUAGUUUUUAGGGUGAACCACUUCAUUCUGCAGGGUUCUCCCACCUUAAAGAGGAGUUCCCCUUGUGUGGGUUACCCUCCUUCCCACCAGAGGACUUGUGAACAGACUGGAGAAGACAGUGGGUUUUUUAUACUUCAGUGUACAUAGUGUAAUGUAGCGUGUUUUACAUGUGUAGCCUAUGUUGUAGUCCAUCAGACCCUCACAUUCCUGGGGGUUUGAAAUGCCCUAGGUGGUAUGUGACAUCAAAGUCACCUCUGUCAUUUGUUGUUGUGAUGUCUUUCCUUGGCAGAAGCCUUGUGUAUAUUUGUAUAUUACACAUUUGUACAGAAUUUUGGAAGAUUUUCAGUCUAGUUGCCAAAUCUGGCUCCUUUACAAAAGAAAUAUCUUGAAAAAUGGA